UCCCAUCACGUCAACCGCUAACCGGUCACAUGCUCAGAGGCACCAACAUAACAACUCAGUCAGUUUGCCACUGCGCGUGAGUCGCGCUUAACGUGUUCGUCGUUCCAUUUACGAAUUCAAAAUACGAUUACUGAAAGGGGGAACAGAAUAGACCACCAGCAUGGGGGCGAUGUUCAGAAGCGAGGAGAUGGCGCUCUGCCAGCUCUUCAUCCAGCCAGAGGCGGCUUACACGUCGGUGUCAGAACUGGGCGAGGCUGGAUCCGUUCAGUUUAGAGAUCUAAACCCCGACGUAAACGCAUUCCAACGUAAAUUCGUCAAUGAGGUCCGCCGUUGCGAUGAGAUGGAACGCAAGCUGCGCUACAUCGAGGCGGAAGUGCACAAAGACAAGGUGCACGUGCCCGCCGUCAAAGAUAUGCCGAGAGCGCCCAACCCCAGGGAAAUUAUCGACCUUGAGGCGCAUUUGGAAAAGACAGAAAACGAAAUCCUGGAGCUGUCACACAAUGCCAUUAACUUGAAGCAGAACUACUUAGAGUUGACAGAACUUAAACAUGUCUUGGAAAAGACGGAAGCCUUCUUCAUGGCUCAGGAGGAAAUCGGCAUGGACUCAUUGACAAAGUCUCUAAUAUCGGACGAGAUGGGCCAGCAAGCGGCCACCCGCGGGCGGCUCGGCUUUGUGGCCGGCGUGGUGCAGCGCGAGCGCGUGCCCGCCUUCGAGCGCAUGCUGUGGCGCAUCUCGCGCGGCAACGUGUUCCUGCGCCGCGCCGAGCUGGACAAACCGCUGGAGGAUCCUACUUCGGGCAACGAGAUAUACAAGACGGUGUUCGUGGCGUUCUUCCAAGGCGAGCAGCUGAAGUCCCGCAUCAAGAAGGUGUGCACCGGCUUCCACGCGUCGCUGUACCCGUGCCCGCCCUCCAACGCCGAGCGACAGGACAUGGUCAAAGGUGUCCGCACCCGCUUGGAGGACCUCAAUAUGGUAUUGAACCAAACCCGCGACCACAGACAACGCGUACUAGUAUCAGUUGCGAAGGAGCUACAGUGCUGGUCGAUCAUGGUGCGCAAGAUGAAGGCCAUCUACCACACCCUGAACCUGUUCAACAUGGACGUCACCAAGAAGUGCUUGAUUGGUGAAUGCUGGGUGCCAACUGCGGAUUUGCCUAACGUGCAGAAGGCUUUGGCUGAUGGAUCGAACGCGUGUGGCAGCUCAAUCCCGUCGUUCCUGAACUGCAUCGAGACGGACGAGGUGCCGCCCACCUUCAACCGCACCAACCGCUUCACCAGAGGCUUCCAGAACCUCAUCGACUCUUACGGAGUCGCCUCCUACAGGGAGUGUAACCCGGCACUGUACACAAUCAUCACCUUCCCCUUCCUCUUCGCUGUGAUGUUCGGUGACUUGGGCCACGGCAUGAUCAUGGCCAUGUUCGGCGCCUGGAUGGUCAUCAAGGAGGUGUCUCUCGGCGCAAAGAAGUCGAACAAUGAAAUAUGGAACAUUUUCUUCGCCGGUCGCUACAUUAUCCUGCUCAUGGGUCUCUUCUCCAUGUACACUGGACUUGUAUACAACGAUAUAUUCUCGAAAUCGAUGAACAUCUUCGGCACGUCUUGGUUCAUUCCAUAUGACAAUGAGACGCUCGAACAUAACGCCGCCAUGACCCUGGACCCUAGAGACUCGUACACCAAUGUACCAUACUUCAUUGGUAUCGAUCCCAUUUGGCAGACUGCUGACAAUAAGAUCAUUUUCCUUAACUCUUACAAAAUGAAACUUUCAAUCAUUUUCGGUGUCGUCCACAUGAUCUUUGGUGUGUGCAUGAGUGUCGUCAACUACAACUUCUUCAAGCGCCGCUACUCAAUCAUCCUGGAGUUCUUGCCCCAAGUUAUUUUCCUAUGCCUUCUCUUCUUAUACAUGGUGUUCAUGAUGUUCUACAAAUGGGUUGCAUAUAGCACGUUCUCUGAAGAUCAAGCCUACACUCAAGGUUGCGCGCCUUCCGUACUGAUCCUGUUCAUCAACAUGAUGCUGUUCUCCAGCAACGAGCCGGAGCCGGGCUGCAAGGAGUUCAUGUUCGAAGGCCAGGGACAGCUGCAGAGAGUAUUUGUGCUUGUGGCCCUCGCCUGCAUCCCCGUUAUGUUGCUGGGAAAACCACUGUAUCUAUUGGCUACUAAGAAGAAGGAUGACAAGCCUGAACAAGCCAACGGCAACGUCCCGGGCAUCGAAUUACAAGAGCAAACGGACAUCAGCGCAACUCCCAAGCCGGCGAAGGCCGAGUCGCACGAUCACGAGGACGAAGCCUUCAGCGAAGUGAUGAUCCAUCAAGCCAUCCACACCAUUGAAUACGUGCUCAGUACUAUUUCGCACACUGCGUCUUACCUUCGGCUGUGGGCUUUAUCGCUCGCUCACGCUGAGCUAUCGGAAGUGCUAUGGAACAUGGUGCUAGCCAUGGGGUUGAAGACAGAGGGCUACGUGGGCGCCAUCAAGUUAUACGUGGCGUUCUGCUUCUGGGCGCUGUUCACUCUGGCCAUCCUCGUCAUGAUGGAGGGCCUCUCUGCUUUCCUCCACACCCUGCGUUUGCACUGGGUGGAGUUCAUGAGCAAAUUCUACGCCGGUCUGGGAUAUAUCUUCCAGCCUUUCUGCUUCAAAACCAUUCUCGAACAAGAGGACAAUGAAGAAUAAAUUAAUUUUAGAAAUACAAUGUAUGACGAUCAAGGUCACAAUUAAAUUGCAAUAAAAGUAUUUAGUCUGUUU